AUGGACAAUGCAGUCAUGAUGGAGGAAGAAGCUGCCAAUAGUGACCAUCUUGACGCUGGGAGGAGGCGCUUUGCACCACCAGAAGACGAGGCUACUUGGCAUAUGCCAACAGAUGAUGAAAGGUAUCGCCCAUACAUUACUUCCUUGAUGAAUUUUUUCCAUGAUCCAGAUCCCCCCUACACCAAGGACACUGUAUUCACACGGUCACAACUAUUGGGGAUAAAUCCAACUGUUAUCAAACGCUGGUUGGUGAAUAAAGCAUACGGAAAGGAGGAAUAUGACCGAAAGCGUGAUGUUCCACAAGGAGCUAGAGCGUCUUUGCUUGAGAUGAUGAAAAAGGCUGUCAGCUACUUCAUGACAAACAGAGCUGUUGCAUGGGUGAAUGGAGCUGGCAAUCCGACAAGGCAUGCAAGUGUUCACGAGGUGAUUGCAGAUGUGAAGAAGGCUGAAGCAAGACACCAAGGCAGGUCUUCACAAGCAACACGACCAUUGAGAGAACCCGAAUUCCGGAAAAGUCUUGAGAUGCUGAAAAGAAAAAGCGAUUGGAAUUCUCAAUAUAAAUAUUCCAUUAUGUCCCUUUGGCAGUUUGCUAUUAUUGCCCGAACCGACGACAUUGUGCACUUUGAGGUCACUCACCCACGAGGCAAUCCCAAAUUCCCUUUUACACUUAAAUUAAAGGUAUUCUGGUCCAAAAAUAUUAAUGAGGAACGCCAGUGCCCAGAUCAGAUCCUCUUGGGGCCCAUGGAUGAUGACAUCUGCAUCCUGAUUAACUUAUCAAUCUAUUUGGAGUCGUACCUGGAACAGUUCCCACAAGCGGUUUUAUUGUUCACAGAGGAUCUAGAAUUGGCGAAUGAUGCAGCAACAGAACGUCUGAAAGCUAGAUAUCGGAGUGCUUUGAGGAGCACCUGGAACACAGCUGAAUUCAAAUCAACUAUUGAUGAGUCAGACUUUGGUCUCAAGAUCGGAACUCACAGCCAGCGGAAGCUCCCGGCAACCUAUGCAUCAAACAAAGGUUGUUCUAAACCAGAGAUUGAGAUCAGGGGGCGCUGGCAAGGUGAGGCAGGAAAAGGCCCCAAAGUGGUGGAUCGAUACAUUGAUAGGAAGCAUGAGUACAUUGAUGGGAAAGUUGCGGCUGCACUUUGCAUUGGAGGCCCAGUGAAGUACAAACUCAAAGAAGGUGUGGAACUACCAGUUGAAUGGCUCUACGAGAAUGUUAUUCCUAACAUCAGGGCCAAAUUUCCGCGGGAUAAUCGUCUUUGUCGUGUUUUGGCCUUGACGCUGCUGUAUGCUUGCAUGCACGAAGACAUCCUGGUGCCGCCUGGUAUUAAGAGUCGUGUUCGAACUGCCUAUGGCGAACUGAAUCAGGAUACACAACAACCAGUCGAGAAAGUGCCCUUAUUUGUGCAUAGGAGGGAUGACCAGUUGAUGAUUGAUGAAGCCAUUAUUAUAGACGGUGAUGGGAGCACUGGUGCUGGUGGAGGUGUGGUGGCAGGGAACUCGACUUAUGACUUGUUCCAAAGCAUCCAGAUAAAUAUCCAGCAACUACAACAGCAAUUGAACAAUGUUGCUGCUCGAUCUGAUACAAAUUUUUCAGAUUUGAGAGCCUACAUCCAGCAUCGCGAUCGAAUUCUAAACAACAAUAUUCGUGCUUUUGGCGGAACAAUUGAAGGUGGCUUGCAAAUCCAACAAGCAAAUGCUGGUCGCAGACUACUGCCGCUUGCAGCAAGAGGAGCAAAUGUGGAUGUGGGUCCCGUCGAAGCUGCGAACAUGGCUAUUCUAUCGGGUAAUCCCAGGUCAUUAUACGGACUCUGGCGGGAGUAUCAGCAUGGGAUUGCUGGUCGGAAGCCUGCACGUUAUUUCACGGCAACAGAACGAAACUGUUCUCGUCAAAUGAAGCAAAAGUUCUAUCGUAGGAAGCAAGUCUGGGAUACAAUUUCACGACUGGUUGCAAAUGGGCACACUGUUCAAUCCAUUGAUGGGAAAGUUGCGGCUGCACUUUGCAUUGGAGGCCCAGUGAAGUACAAACUCAAAGAAGGUGUGGAACUACCAGUUGAAUGGCUCUACGAGAAUGUUAUUCCUAACAUCAGGGCCAAAUUUCCGCGGGAUAAUCGUCUUUGUCGUGUUUUGGCCUUGACGCUGCUGUAUGCUUGCAUGCACGAAGACAUCCUGGUGCCGCCUGGUAUUAAGAGUCGUGUUCGAACUGCCUAUGGCGAACUGAAUCAGGAUACACAACAACCAGUCGAGAAAGUGCCCUUAUUUGUGCAUAGGAGGGAUGACCAGUUGAUGAUUGAUGAAGCCAUUAUUAUAGACGGUGAUGGGAGCACUGGUGCUGGUGGAGGUGUGGUGGCAGGGAACUCGACUUAUGACUUGUUCCAAAGCAUCCAGAUAAAUAUCCAGCAACUACAACAGCAAUUGAACAAUGUUGCUGCUCGAUCUGAUACAAAUUUUUCAGAUUUGAGAGCCUACAUCCAGCAUCGCGAUCGAAUUCUAAACAACAAUAUUCGUGCUUUUGGCGGAACAAUUGAAGGUGGCUUGCAAAUCCAACAAGCAAAUGCUGGUCGCAGACUACUGCCGCUUGCAGCAAGAGGAGCAAAUGUGGAUGUGGGUCCCGUCGAAGCUGCGAACAUGGCUAUUCUAUCGGGUAAUCCCAGGUCAUUAUACGGACUCUGGCGGGAGUAUCAGCAUGGGAUUGCUGGUCGGAAGCCUGCACGUUAUUUCACGGCAACAGAACGAAACUGUUCUCGUCAAAUGAAGCAAAAGUUCUAUCGUAGGAAGCAAGUCUGGGAUACAAUUUCACGACUGGUUGCAAAUGGGCACACUGUUCAAUCCAUUGAUGGGAAAGUUGCGGCUGCACUUUGCAUUGGAGGCCCAGUGAAGUACAAACUCAAAGAAGGUGUGGAACUACCAGUUGAAUGGCUCUACGAGAAUGUUAUUCCUAACAUCAGGGCCAAAUUUCCGCGGGAUAAUCGUCUUUGUCGUGUUUUGGCCUUGACGCUGCUGUAUGCUUGCAUGCACGAAGACAUCCUGGUGCCGCCUGGUAUUAAGAGUCGUGUUCGAACUGCCUAUGGCGAACUGAAUCAGGAUACACAACAACCAGUCGAGAAAGUGCCCUUAUUUGUGCAUAGGAGGGAUGACCAGUUGAUGAUUGAUGAAGCCAUUAUUAUAGACGGUGAUGGGAGCACUGGUGCUGGUGGAGGUGUGGUGGCAGGGAACUCGACUUAUGACUUGUUCCAAAGCAUCCAGAUAAAUAUCCAGCAACUACAACAGCAAUUGAACAAUGUUGCUGCUCGAUCUGAUACAAAUUUUUCAGAUUUGAGAGCCUACAUCCAGCAUCGCGAUCGAAUUCUAAACAACAAUAUUCGUGCUUUUGGCGGAACAAUUGAAGGUGGCUUGCAAAUCCAACAAGCAAAUGCUGGUCGCAGACUACUGCCGCUUGCAGCAAGAGGAGCAAAUGUGGAUGUGGGUCCCGUCGAAGCUGCGAACAUGGCUAUUCUAUCGGGUAAUCCCAGGUCAUUAUACGGACUCUGGCGGGAGUAUCAGCAUGGGAUUGCUGGUCGGAAGCCUGCACGUUAUUUCACGGCAACAGAACGAAACUGUUCUCGUCAAAUGAAGCAAAAGUUCUAUCGUAGGAAGCAAGUCUGGGAUACAAUUUCACGACUGGUUGCAAAUGGGCACACUGUUCAAUCCGCGAUUGAACGAAUUAAGCAGGUGUACGGCUAG